CGCGGCGACGGCGGGAUGCUGGCGCUGCUGGCUGCCGGAGUGGCGCUCGCCGUGGCCGCCGCGGCUCAGGACGUCCCGGCGCCCGGCAGCCGCUUCGUGUGCACGGCGCUGCCCCCGGAGGCGGUGCGUGCCGGUUGCCCGCUGCCCGCGAUGCCCAUGCAGGGCGGCGCGCUGAGCCCCGAGGAGGAGCUGCGGGCCGCGGUGCUGCAGCUACGCGAGACCGUCGUGCAGCAGAAGGAGACCCUGGGCGCCCAGCGCGAGGCCAUCCGCGAGCUCACGGGCAAGCUGGCGCGCUGCGAGGGGCUGGCGGGCGGCAAGGCGUCGGGCCGGGGCGCCACGGGCAAGGACACCAUGGGCGACCUGCCCCGGGACCCCGGCCACGUGGUGGAGCAGCUCAGCCGCUCGCUGCAGACCCUCAAGGACCGCCUGGAAAGCCUCGAGCACCAGCUCCGUGUGAACGUGUCGAAUGCCGCGUUGCCCGGCGACUUUCGAGAGGUGCUCCAGCGGCGGCUGGGGGAGCUGGAGAGGCAGCUGCUGCGCAAGGUGGCGGAGCUGGAGGAUGAGAAGUCCCAGCUCCACAACGAGACCUCGGCUCACCGGCAGAAGACCGAGAGCGCCCUGAACGCGCUGCUGCAGCGGGUGACCGAGCUGGAGAGAGGCAACAGUGCGUUCAAGUCACCCGAUGCGUUCAAAGUGUCCCUCCCGCUCCGCACAAACUACCUGUACGGCAAGAUCAAGAAGACGCUGCCCGAACUGUACGCCUUCACCAUCUGCCUGUGGCUGCGGUCCAGCGCCUCCCCCGGCAUCGGCACCCCGUUCUCCUACGCGGUGCCCGGGCAGGCCAACGAGAUAGUGCUGAUCGAGUGGGGCAACAACCCCAUCGAGCUGCUCAUCAACGACAAGGUUGCCCAGCUCCCCCUGUUUGUCAGCGACGGCAAGUGGCACCACAUCUGUGUCACCUGGACCACACGGGACGGCAUGUGGGAGGCCUUCCAGGAUGGGGAGAAGCUCGGCACCGGGGAGAACCUGGCCCCCUGGCACCCCAUCAAGCCGGGAGGCGUGCUGAUCCUCGGGCAGGAGCAGGACACCAUCGGGGGCAGGUUUGACGCCACGCAGGCGUUUGUGGGGGAGCUCAGCCAGUUCAACAUAUGGGACCGCGUCCUCCGUGCCCAGGAGAUCAUCAACAUGGCCAACUGCUCCACCAACAUGCCGGGCAACGUCAUCCCAUGGGUGGACAACAACGUCGACGUGUUCGGGGGGGCCUCCAAGUGGCCCGUGGAGACCUGUGAGGAGCGCCUCCUCGACUUGUAGCCGCCCCGCCCUCUGCCCGGGAGGGAGGCGGGGCUCUGCCCACCCCCUCAGCUAAACCGUGUGCAGCCCUCCCGCCGACGGGCCCCGGGGGGGGGGCCCCCCAAAGACUGAGGCUCUGUGGCAGCCUGUGUGACUGGCUUACUUCUUCCCCACCGGAGAGCUGGUCGUUGGGGGGGCAGGGCCAGAAUCCCUGGGGGAAAGCCCCGAGCCGCAGGGGCCCCCACUGUCUGACCUCCUGCCGGGGGGGGAUUGUAGACCUUCAGGCCCCGUUUGGAACCCCUGUAAAUGCUAGUGCCCCCCAGCUUGCCUGCCCCUCGGAUCCUUGGUGUCUCGUGUGCGCCCUCUGUCCGUCCCCCUCUACAAGCUGUGCAGCUGUCCCCCAGGAGUGGCCGUGUCCCUUGUGCGUUGAGUCCUUCCCGAUGCCCACAGAGCACGUAGCAGAGCGGCCGCUGCCCACCCCCCCACCCCCACCCCCACGGUUCUUUCCUCCCAGGAACUUGUAAGCUCCAGGAGGGCAGGCCGCCCAGACCGGGCCCUGCCUUCUCUGAGGGGGAGGGGCAGCCGUGGCCCCGAAGAGGGGGCUGGGAGUGGGGGGGGACUCGGAAUGGAAGAGCUCUGUGGUGGCCGUCCCCUCCCCCGUGUCGCCUCUCCGUCCGACCGACGCUCUGUCCCUGAGUGCGGCUCCGAAAGGCCUCCUUCCUCCACUGGUGCCAAACGCUCCAUUGCAGCUUCUACCGCCUCUCCGUCUGGUCUGGGGAAUCUCCUGUUCCCCGCAGAAAAGAACAGCCACUAGCAGGCUCCCAUGUUUGCCGUCUCACCUCACCGCGAGGGGUUUGCUGGUUUUCCUUCGCGCCGGUUCCUGCGAGCAUCUUCCCGUCCCCAGGGUUCCCCCAGAACCGGCUCAGGAAAGCGGGUGUCACCGGGCCGGUGCAUGCCUCGUGACUCGGGGACGCUUCAUUGAUCGGGCGGCGGCGGCGGCAGUGAUUCUUCUAGAGAGAAAGCGAUCAAGCGGGGGAAUUUAUAAAGCUAAAUAUUAUAUAUUUUAUUUUUCAUACACGUUUGAGGUGCAAACCCGUGGCAGUUCCAUUUGCAGGACACGCUGACACGCCCACCCGACAUUGUGUGCGACCGGGACGCUUCUGAGGACAGCAUUUCGAUUAAA